GGAGGCCCACCGGCGCGCGUCCAUUGGUCGGUUCGGCGAGGGGAGGAGCGCUGCUUUCCCGGGCCCCCCACCGCCGAGAUGAGCUUUAGCCGUCUGUAUCGCCUGCUGAAGCCAGCGCUACUUUGCGGGGCUGUGGCUGCGCCGGGCCUGGCUGGCACCAUGUGCGCGUCCCGCGACGACUGGCGCUGUGCUCGCUCCAUGCAUGAAUUCUCAGCCAAGGACAUCGACGGGCGCAUGGUUAACCUGGACAAGUACCGGGGCCACGUGUGCAUCGUCACCAAUGUGGCCUCGCAAUGAGGCAAGACUGAAGUAAACUACACUCAGCUGGUCGACCUGCACGCCCGAUACGCCGAGUGUGGUUUACGGAUCCUGGCCUUCCCUUGCAACCAGUUUGGGAGGCAGGAGCCAGGGAGUAAUGCGGAGAUCAAAGAGUUCGCCGCUGGCUAUAACGUCAAAUUCGAUAUGUUCAGCAAGAUCUGUGUAAAUGGGGACGACGCCCACCCUCUGUGGAAAUGGAUGAAAGUCCAGCCCAAGGGGAGGGGCAUGCUGGGAAAUGCCAUCAAAUGGAACUUCACCAAGUUUCUCAUUGACAAGAACGGCUGUGUGGUGAAGCGGUACGGUCCCAUGGAAGAGCCCCUGGUAGGUGCCUGUCCGGGGAGCCCGCUGGGGGGACUCAGGAAAAGGUGCCCCUCACCCCCUUCUCCCCCGCAGGUGAUAGAGAAGGACCUGCCAUGCUACCUCUAGCUCCACAAGGUGCUGCCCCUACCCAAGCCUGCUGCCUGUGUUCUGAGGAGCCUUCCCCUGGUGCCUAUGACGGUCUGUCUGAAAACCAGCCCCUGGUGGGGCAGACCCGAGAACCUGGCGUGCACUCCUGCCGGAGGAAGGUCCCUUGGCCUGGCUGCGGCUUGGCAACCCCACCCCUGACUGCCUUGUGGGAAUAAAAUGUACAACACAACA